UGAGUUUUUUCCCCUUUUUACUGUGAACGUUCUGACCGUUUUGAUUUUUGUGCUUUUUGGUUGUUUGUGUGCGAUGUAGUGCUUAAAAAACGAGAGAUCUUAUCCAAACAUAAACAUGAAAUAAACCAACUAUCUCGGCAAAACUGUCUACGCAUUUUUAUGAAAAAAAAUUGAGCUUUUUACCCAUGUGCAGAAUUAACAUGAGAAUUAACGCAGUAGACAGCAGUAGCACAAUAAUAUGGAAGCUAUGGCACUAUCCAGUUGGUUUGAAGAGAUGGUUAAGGGUAAAUUGGAUGUAUCAGACCGGUAUGGUGCGAAGAUGCAUCGAUCACACUGCUUGACUGUCAACGUGGGUCCCUGUAUUCUGAUGACUCGGAAGUAUGUUAUAUUUACGGCUUAUGUAUCCAUGAUAGCAGUAUCAAUUUUCCUGCUGUAUUGCGCCAUUUGGUUGCCAGAUCUUAAACUCUGGUGCAAAUUUGGGGAAUCGAAUCAAAAAGGUAAAAAUGUCGACAGUUUUCUAGUGCUGCGUGAAAAAGAACGAGCAUCCUAUGAUAAAUUAAUGCGAUACAUCCUACAUCCCCAAGCCCCUUGCUUGACAGUGGCAACCAUUGGUGGAAAGAAGAGACGAAAUAAAAUGCUCGAUGGUGAUAAAGUUAUAUGCCUGGAACCAGGACCUGGACUGAGUGAAGAAUGCAUAGUGUAUUCUUUUGGGUAUUGA